AUGCAGAAAUACACCACCAGAGAGGUCCUUGAGGCCGCGCUUUCGGGGCCAUCCCAGGUGUCAUCCGCCACGACCAAACGCGUCCUUGAAUGGUCUGAGCAGGUCCCAUCUGGACUGCGCCCUGCAGGCUUGGAAAUGGAGACCCCCACACGGAUUCCGAGUCAAGACCGCAUGUCGAUGAACGCGCCACUAGGGACAUCGACAGCCGUGGCUUUACCCAACCUCGAAUCGCGGAACAACGCACCACGGGCCGAAUCCAGCGCGGCGGAGAAGGAUUCUGGCGACAUUCUCCACGAAGAAGAGCAGACAGUACCAAUCGCUCCGGCAACUCAGGCUGCGUCACCGCCCUCUCAGUCUUUGGGAAAGAGACGCGUCCCUCAUGCGAGCAAAGACGAAUGGGCGGAAAGCAGUGGCGAUGAAACAACUGUCCAUGUACCGAGCGCCGAUACUACUGCGAGCGAGUACUUUCAGUCGGUUGCAGCAAACAGCUCGAAUCGCAAUGCACGCAAGAAAGCAAAGACGGUGGCAGCUGUAGGAGGUCCGCGGUACAAGAGACUGUUGGGACUGAAACAGGCAUCUCCCAAACCGCUGUCGAUGUCCAAAACCGCUGUGGAUUAUCGCGAGCGUAAGAAGAUUGAAAAGUCAUAUAAGGAGAAGAUCUGCGCAUUCAUCGACAACGACAUUCUCCAACGCGUCGAUUUCGAGGGUGGCAUCACGCCGGAUGGAAGAUUGUACAAGGCUAUUCUUAUGAUGAUGGAGCGGAAAGAAGCCCGGCCGAAACAGGCUGUUACACCUUUUGACGAUGGCCCAGGGAGUUCAGAUGACAUCGCUAGAUUGAAAGCGGAGAAUCAAAAGUUACGAGAGAGAAUCGCGGACGCUUCGCGAGUUCUUGGACACGUUUAA